CUAGAAAUUUCCCCUUAUUUCUUUGUAAACAAUUGUUUUGUUCAACGUACGUGAACAAUGCUUUACCAUCUGUUAUAACAUAGAUGUUAAGUGAAGAAAUAAAUCAAAGAAAAGCCACACAUUUAUUUAAAUAUUAAGAAAAAUGGACUGGACAAGAACAGAAAUCAGUAAUUUAAUAAGUUUAUAUAGACAAUACGAGUGUCUAUGGAAUACUAGCCAUGAGGAUUACAAUAAUUACGAAGUCAAACAAAAUGCUUGGCAGGAUAUAGCGGCCUCAUGUGACAAAGAAGUGGACGAAGUUAAGAAAAAACUUAAAAAUUUACGAUCGGCUUAUGUUUCGGAGAAAAAGAAAUCGGAAAAAUCCAAGGAUCAUGGUAUCGAUUACAAACCCAAUCUGUUCUAUUUCAAUGAAUUAGAAUUUUUAGACACGGUUGUCGUAUUGAGAAAGUCAACAUUGUCACCUACAGCAACACAGUCUGUUCUUUCAGUGCGUAACAAAGUAGACAAUUUGAAUGGUAAACGUAAACAUAAAAUUGUUAAGCUCGAUAGGAAAUCUCUUCGAGAUAUAAAAUUUAAUAAUGCUCUUGAUGCCAUAUUAGCUUCGGUAAAACAGCAACAAACUCAGCCAACAGUCAAUAACAGUGUCGGCAGUGUCGAGGAUGAUAAUUUAUUUAGUUCUUUUGGUAAAACAACAGCACUGCAAUUACAACAAUUGCCAGUGGAUAAAGCUACCGAGACAAUGGCUGCCAUUUAUCAACUGGUGGCGAAAAAAACACUAGAUUCGUUGCAAAAAUCAGUGGGAAAUAAAGCAAAUAUAAAACGAACUAAUGGCGUAAUAUCAUUUGAAACUAUGAGUCCUUAAAGUUAAAUAUAAAUGCUAGUUAUUAGUAAAUACUAUAAGUUUGUAGUUUGCCUGUUAAUUUGGACUACUUUUGAAAUUUUUAAAUGUUUUCAAUAUGAGAGGAAAAAUUAGCAGGGUUCCUGUUAGUCCUUAAGUUCUUAGAAUAAAAUCUUCAAUUAUAAAACUUUAUUAUAACUGUAAUAUAUGUUUUCAUUUUAAACAUAUUUUUAUAAUUUUAUCACAAUCUAAUAAAAUUAUUUCGAUGGACAUUUUUUCUUUCGUAAUGAAACCUUA